AUGCUAAAAUAUUCGUCUUCAAGGCUCAGCGUGUUUUCAGAUUUAAAAACUGAACUUCUUAAAAUUCCGAAAUACCUAUCCUUCUUGGUGAAUGAGCAGGCUAAAGCUCAUGCGAACUCUGCCUCACAGGCGAUUGAGUUUUUAAAAGGAAAAAGUUUUGGCAUUGAUGCGGCUACCGAAGAGAAACUGAAAAAGCACAGAGAGAUGUAUGACUCCAUCCUACGUGGGCAAGCCAGGAAAUUAAACGAGGAUAGAGCAAAAUAUAAAGCGAAAUUAGCGAAGUUGGGGUUUAAAGAGAGACUCAAGAUCGAUUGGAAAAAUUUAAAGAAGAGCAUGCAAAGUACAAUGUCGAUGGAAGCGGGUGUGAUGGCACUUUUACAGCACUGCGCCGUCUCACAUGCUGCCAAAAUAGCGAUUGAGAAUGAUAUAAAUGUCCAAGAUGUGCAGUUUGUGCUUGAGGAGCAGCAAACACCCAACUCUAUUGAAGGAGAAAAAGUCGUAGUAGGCUACAUCGAUGCCCCAGCAGCCUCCGAGGAGGAGUUCGCGAUGUUCGUAGAGAAACUUCAAAAGGCAUGCCCUGUAGCAAAUCGCAUGAACAUAGAAUGGCGUAACCGUUCUUUCUUUGAAAAGGAUACGCCGAUGAAAUUUCCAUCGCAAGGCCCUGAUGCGGAGGGUGGUGCUCCCUAUUCGCACAAUUUAAGAGGAAAAAUAAGAUCUAAUCUUGGUGAGGUUAAUGUUGAUACCGAUCCAUUCUUCAAUCAUCUUAGACAUGAAGGUAUGUCCUCUAGGAAUCCUUUUGAUCCUGAGGGUAGUCCUAGUCAAUCCAACAAAGAAGGAGGCGACGCAGGCGAGCCUGAAAAUCAGGAGGAUAGGGCGAAUCAGAAGACAGAUUCCAAACUUAGCAAUCAGCGAGAACAGCAGCGUACAGAAUCGGAAGCGCAUGUACCUGAAGGUACACCCGGCAUGCAUCGUAUGCGCUCUACGGAAGGCGAUGCGAGGAGUUCGUCUAAUUCGAAUUCUGAGACGACCCCUACCCCAAACGGAGACGGAAAAUAGCAACUGUCAGUUUCGAAUACGGAAAGGGAGGGGAAAUUGGCUAUCAACACAAAACUAUGGCAUAAUUGCGGUUGAGCUAGAAUAAUAAAAGUGAUUAUAUGCGUUUCGAAUUUAUUUAUUUUUACUAUCAUCUAGUAGGUCGGCCUGACAUUGUUCUAAAUACACAUUAGAUUUCCAUCUUUUACAUAUUAUCAUUUUAUUUUAACUUUUUCACAUUCAUUUACAGUUUUGCUUAAAAAUAAAUCAAUUUCCUUCGCUUAUUUUUGUUUCACAUUCUUUGUGUUCGUAUUUGAUGUUGCAGUGUUAAUAGUGAGGCCAUGCCAAAGGAGUAUUGCGUCAAAAUAUUAGGGGAAUGAUUUCCUUCCUAAGGGAGGUGCUACGUAUUCAUAGAUGAUUAAAGAAUCUCAAACAAUACUAUGAGAUUAAAAUUGAAAUAAUGGUAUUCGUUUAUUCAUCCGAGUAAUAAUAGAAAUAAUAUUCAUUCAAAUAAUUUGCAAAAAAAAAAUGUGGUCUGAGGUCGCUAGGUUCGAUCAUGAUUUGUGGCACCCGUUGUGAUGGCUAUAUCACGAAGAGACUUAAUACUUUACAUUAAAUAAAAAAUACUAUCCCACACUUUCAAUAAAAUCGUGUCUACCUUACAAAGCAUAAACAUAUGCCCAGCAAAGACUCUUGCUUGAGCCAUUGGAAACAUCAGGAGUCAAAUUUUGCUUCAUGGAGCAAGCAAUUCUAUCCGCUAUUUAGCAUGAUUCACUACAACCGCACUCUUUCAAACAGAAUGGCGUUCAGUAAUAAACCUUGUUAUAGAGUGUAUCGCACGACUCUGCGUAUGUGUUGUCGCGCGGGUCAAUUAAGACGUCUUGGAGGCUGAUAUUUGAUCUCGCCUAGGAUCGGAUACCUCAAGCAUCAAACUGUUCAAUCCCCUUGGAAAAGGGGGGUAUAAGCAAGUUGCUGCAUGCAACUCGCCAUCGUUUUUGAAAUAGUUGUCAUUUUGGUGAGAUAGCUAGUCGCUAUAUGAAAAAGUAAUCAGUAAUGAUAAAAUUGAUUAGCAUACCCAACUUCGGGAGGUUUUCACCCCCCUAACUUGUUUGUUGCAUUCCACCUCAAUUAUCAUUGCUCGCUUUUUUAUAUGUCUAUGCUUUAGCUUCUUAUGAUGUAUGAGGAAAGUACACAUUCAAAGUUCUCAAAGAGCGAUUUUGAGACUUCUAUCCUCUGGGAAUACUCUUAAAGAAGGUAUAUGCGAUGAUGAAGAACUGAACGUGUUCCUCAACACCUGCUGGUGUAAUAAUAGGGAUCUCAUCAUUGUGUUGAGAUGUCACGGGUUCGUUUUUCCGUCUCACUCACCCUAUCACCUCCUGCGAGGAAAAGUUUUCACGAGGGAAAUCCCAUCCGUAUUUCCACUUUUUUGUGUGAAAUUCAAUUUUCUGUCCGUAAAAGAAGCAAAUUUAAAUAAACUAUCCGCAUGUUGUAGGUUUUUUGUCCAGUGAUCAUUUGAUUUGUCUACUUUCCUCGCUAAUGGACCCAAAAUCUAAAGCAAAGGAGUAUUCUUUCAGUUUUGUAUUUUUAUUUAUCAUUUUUGGUCGAUAUUCCGUUUCGUUCGAUAUUUGAUGGGGUGUUAAAAUUUCUUAAGGGAUUCUAGUGGGCCCCGGAAUGCUGCUCUCUUGUGAGCAUCUGAGUUUUUCUUUACUAAAUUGGGCCGAUAUGCAUAUCCGAUCCUGGUACACUUCCCUUGAAGACCAAA